AUGAAGGGUCACAAGGAUGGUGGUGUCCACCUGGAGUGCCCCUCCACAGGGUGGUCCCCAGAGCCCUGUCCAGUGUCGGGGGACUCUUAUGCUGACGUGCUCCUGGACCCAGACACCGCCCACCCCGUGCUCCUCCUGUCCCAGGACCAGAGGAGGGUGGGACGGCAGGGCCCCUCAAAGCAGAUCUUGCCCAACAACCCCGAGAGAUUCGACUGCCGGCCAUGCGUCUUGGGUGUGCAGAGUUUCUCCUCGGGGAGACACUACUGGGAGGUGGAGGUAGGAAAUGUGACGGUGUGGGCCGUGGGGGUCUGUGCAGACCGUGUGCAGAGGAAGGGGGAGGCCCUGCUGGUCCCUCACAAUGGCUUCUGGGCCCUGGAGCUGUUUGGAAACCAGUGCCGGGUCCUGUCCUCUCCGGAGAAGACCCUUCCCCUGAAGGAGCGCCUUCGCCGGGUGGCCGUCCUCCUGGACUACGAAUGUGGAGACGUCUCCUUCUACAACAUGAGGGAUCGUCCCCACAUCUACACGUGUCCCCGCUCCCACUUCUCGGGGCCCCUGAGGCCCUUCCUCAGGCUGGGGUCUGAUGACAGCCCCCUCUUCCUCUGCCCAGCAUUCACGGAGGCCCAGGGGGUCACUGUGCCUGAGGGUGGCCUGGUUCUCCAUGGAGCAGGGACCCACCACAGCCACCAGAACCAGCGCCCUGGUCUCAGAGCUCAGUAG